CCUCUUUCUUUCCCUCCCUCCGUCUCUCCCCAUACUCCCUCUCUCUCUCUUUCUCUGUAGUUUUUUGAUUUGGCCCUGACGUUGACUGUAAUAUGAAGUUGUUCUGAACAGCCGGAAAACAAUCCAACUCUUCUUCUUCUUCAUCUUCACCUUCUACUCUUAUUGAUCUACCCUCUCGCUCUGUCUCUGUAUAUCUCUUGUGCAGCUGUUUUUUCUUCAUUUCCCUUUGGUUUCUCUUUUUGCUACCUUUCCCUUUCGUCUUUGUGGGAAAUGGCGGUUCUGUCCGUGGGCCGUCUGCCUCUAGGGUUUCGAUUCCAUCCGACGGACGAGGAGCUCGUGAGCCACUAUCUCAAGGGCAAGAUAAGCGGCCGGGUUGACGAGGUGCAGGUCAUCCCCGAGGUGGACGUCUGCAAAUGGGAGCCAUGGGAUUUGCCGGAGAAGUCGCUGAUUUCGUCUGACGACCCCGAGUGGUUCUUCUUCUGCCCCCGUGAUCGGAAGUACCCAAACGGCCAAAGGUCGAAUCGGGCGACUGAGGCCGGGUACUGGAAGGCCACGGGGAAGGAUCGCAAGAUCAGGACCAAGAAGCCGGAGUCGAGGCAGAUUGGGACUAAGAAAACGCUGGUUUUCUACCGAGGGCGGGCUCCUGCCGGAGCGAGGACUUACUGGGUCAUGCAUGAGUACCGUGCCACUAAGUGCGAAGAGUUGAACGGAUUGCAGGAUUCCUUUGUUCUCUGUCGUCUCUUCAGGAAGGGUGAGGAAAAUAGUGUUAACUCAAACGGCGAUCUCGUGGAGCCAAGUGGACUUUCUCCCACGGCAAGCAAGUCUAUCCCUGAUGAUGAUAUGGCUGAUGAUUCAUCUGACGCUGUUAGAGAAAAGUUUGAGCCGGAAGCAGAGGAGGUUGAACAACCAACUCUUACGUCUGUGAAAGAGAAUCAAUGUGACCAAAUUGAUGUUUCACCGGCUUUGGAGCAAAUGCACGAGUCCACAUCUGGUUCCUUUUCAAGCAAUAAUAUUAAUAUGGUUGAUCAAUUUGGAGAUUUUUCUCCUUUAUUUCAUUCACCAGCUUAUUUCCAUGAUGAAGACCUAGACGCUUCCUCUUUAUUUACCGAGCCAAAAUUUGAAUCCUUGGACGAUGUUUGUUUGACGAAGCUAGGUGUUUGCCGCUCAUUUAAUGCUAGUGCACCAUUUGAUGGAUAUAGCUUCGAGCAUGGGAAUGAGCUUCGCAUGAUGAGGACAGUGGAUGAAACGUUUGAUGCCAGUGACUUCCACUUUGGAGAAUCUCCUAACCAUCAAUUAUUUGACGAUACAUAUGAGACUGGCAUCCAAAUACGUACACGUGAGCCAACGCACACGAUAAGUCAAGUUCUUCCAUUUCAGGGCACCGCUCCCAGAAGGAUCUGUCUUCAAACGAGUAUCAGCAACCAAUCUACAGGCCAUGAAGAGGAAUAUGAGGCUGAAGGAGAUGGGUUGCAGAGUUAUCCUCAUCGAAAGUUUAAGCAACUUAAGCGUAGUAGAAGCUUCAAGCCAAAGUUAAAAAUAGCGCGCCUUUGUGCACCUAAAAUUGAUGCCAUUGAAAGUGUAUCUGAUAAUCCUGCGGGCGACGUCGCCAGUCAGCGACACCUCAACACCUUCUUACUGCGGAAGAUGCCCAAGGAAGAGCGUCUGUGGAGCCCUCCCUUGCGGCUAGCUGCUCCAGUGGCCCCAUGUUUUCUAGAUGAGGGGAUGAAAAGAAGCGCGGAGUGUUCUGAAACUAGUUCAACAUCUUCUGCGGAAAACAGUGUCAAUGUGAAGCUGCAACAUGCUUCCCGCAAGCCCAGGUUGCUUAGCUUCCGAGUGGCUGUAAUUUCGAUAUUGUUCGUCGUACUUCCAGUGAUAUGGCGAUUCUCCAGAACUGCGCUGUUUAUAAAGGCGGCAUGAAUGACUACCAAGCACACAUCUACUUUGUUUUGUACCCUCCAUAGGAAGGUCUGAGGUUGAAUAUGAGUGUUUUGUUGUACAUAAUAUCUAUACUCUAUAGCACUGAAGCUGACUUGCAAGUCUUGUAGCUAGCUUACCUUAUUCUGUUAGUAAAUUUGUUUUCAGCUUUUCUCCUUUGGAAAUGGGUCUCUAAACUUCAAAUCAGUACAGAUGUAGUGCUUGAUGUACAUAGUGACAAUACUAAGUAAGUGACGACUUGUAUGUAGGUCA